AUGGUUACAAAGCAUUCAUAUGGUCCUCCAAAAAGAGCUGUGCCGAAGCCUUACUCUUCUAAAUUAGAGUCUCUGGAGAAUCUCAGAAAUUAUAUGAUUGCCAACGAGUACCUUCCCUCUAUUAUCAAGCAUCUAAAAGAUCUGGAGGCCAAAUCAAUCAUUAAUCCAUCAAUGAUCGACCUUCAACCUGAAGUUAAGUGGUUCAUGCGCCCAUAUCUUGUCAAUUUCAUUAUCCAAAUGCAUUCAUCCUUGAGAUUGAAACCGCAGACAUUGUUUCUCUGUUGGAAUAUUAUAGACAGGUAUUGUGCCAAAAGAAUCGCUUUUAAACAACAUUAUCAAUUGAUUGGUUGUACUGCACUCUGGAUUGCUGCUAAAUACGAAGAUAAAAAAUCCAGGGUCCCUAGCAUAAGCGAACUCUGCAUGAUGUGUUCCAACGUCUACGAGGAGAGCAUGUUUAGGGAAAUGGAAGUUCAUAUUCUCAGCACUCUGGGUUGGUCCGUCGGUCAUUCAUCUUUGGAAGAUACCCUCCAGCUAUGUGUCAAGUUUGCCGAUCCCGAUGGAAAAGAGACUUUGCAAAGACCCAUUGAUGAAUACAGAGGUAAUUCUCAAACUGUGAGUGCUAUUUUGGCAGUGGCAAGAUACCUCUGCGAGUUGUCCCUUUACGAAAGAGAUUAUCUAAUGUUUCCUCCAUCUCUGAUUGGCAUUGUGGCUUUUCUGUUUUCAUGCUCCAUGUUGGGACUCAAUUACGGUUCUAAAAGUAUGAGUCGCAUCUACCAUGAAUAUAGAAUCAAUAUGGCGAGGAAAGCCCAUGCUGCAAGAGGUUCCAUAUCGAAGGCUGCCACUGUAAUGAGUUCUUCCGUUCCACCAUCAUUGGGACAGCUUCCAACCCCUGUCACACCAAACAAGAAUACAGAUUUCUUUGAAGAGGAAAACAACUACGAUUCUGAUAGUGAAAAUAAAGAUCCUACUAAUGAGCAUCAAUAUGGCCCAUUUCUUAGCGGCUUUGAAGGCUUGGCUUCCAUCAAUAGACUGAGAACAAUUUCCAUUCUAUUUUUGAAAUCAAUGCUUAAUCCUUCAGAGGUGCUUGUUGAAAAGUACACUCCGUUGGGUGUCAUCGCCGUGGUGAAAAACUUCGUUACAGAGAACAACCUCACAGAACUUGAUAUGAAGGAUCUUAACGUCAAUUCGAAGAGUAUUACUGGUCCUGUCAACGAUUUUGUCUUCGAUCUCUCCAAUUUGCUUUUAAACUUUGAAUCAAAUCUUGAAUUUGUCACUGAGCAGGCUAUGCAAUAUAUCAUUCCUACUUACCAGUCCCCAAUGGCUAGUAAAGCAUCUUAUUCACCUUUCAACUCCCCUUCUAAUCUUUCUUCGUUCAGCUCCGCAUCGUCUCAAACGACCUAUGAUUCUUGCUAUGAAGAAAUACCAAUAAAGGGAGACGAGUCAACUGGAGGUGGAAUGAAGCGGUCUUAUCCAAACUCCUCACCCAUCGUCGAUUCUAAUUAA